AUGAUAUUGGGAAAAUAUCAAUUCUGUGAUUUAAAACGGAGGAUAAAGCUCGACCAGGAACAGAGAGUGAAGGAGAUAAUGGCAAGAGACUCAGAUUAUGGAGCUUUCAUGGAAAAAUUCGUACUGCAGCCAAGCUCUUCGUCUCAGGAACUUCCCUUGAGUGGCCUCACCUUUGCUGUUAAAGACAUAUUUGAUGUGGAUGGAUAUAUAACUGGUUUCGGAAAUCCCGAGUGGGCGCGGACUCAUUCUGCUGCUACAUCCACCGCAGUCGCUGUUUUGGCUGUUCUGAAGGCUGGUGCAACAUGUGUUGGUACAGCUGUCAUGGAUGAAAUGGCAUACAGAGAAGUUAAUACAUUGAGCCAUACAAAAAUUGCUAACGAUAAUGAAGAUGUAUCAACGACUGCCGAUCCUAUUCCAUAA